CACACGGGCCUCGAUCACGUGAUACCGCGAUGCUCGGCCGUGACGCGAGCUAAGUUCAAGUCCAGGUUCGUCAAGCGAUUACAGACGGCAGUGUAUACUCAAGUCUCGAUUUUGCUGCAGAGACCUGCUCAUUGAUUUCCUACGUUGGACCGGAGAACUCGGAUAACGCGCUUGCCUCCGAACAGUACCUCAAUGACACCUCCUUUCUCGACCCAGUGGCAGAAGCGCGUCGACCGUUCCGCGUCACCACCAUGCCAGCAUCCAACUCGGAGGAUACGAUCCUGCGGUCGCUGAACGAGGCGCAGCGCCGAGCUGUCGUAUCACAAGCUAAAACCGUCGCAAUUCUCGCUGGCCCGGGAAGUGGUAAGACGCAUACUCUCACGUCUCGCGUGGUAUGGCUCGUCCAGCGCAUGGGGUAUCGCCCUAACGACGUCAUCGUCGCGACCUUCACCGUCAAAGCUGCCCGGGAAAUGAAGGAGCGCAUUGGGAAGGCAUUGGGCGAAGAAUGCGAGAAGAAGAUUGUUCUCGGAACCUUUCAUUCCAUUGCUCGUCGGUACUUGUCUAUCUACGGAAAACACAUCGGACUGGAUUCCAAAUUCGGCAUUGCAGAUGACGGAGAUUCCAAGGCCAUCCUUCAGAGAAUUUGCAAAAGACUAAACCUUGGGAUAGAGCCCUCGUAUGCGAGGACAUGGAUCAGCAAGAAGAAAGCAAAGGGCCCAGGCGGCGAUGCGUCCCAGACGACCAAGAAGCAAAAAGAGAACCCAGCACUUCAAACCUGCUAUGACGAAUAUCAACAACAACUGGCCCGCUCGAACUUGCUGGAUUAUGACGAUCUCCUGGUAAAAUGCGUCGAACUAUUGCGAGACCACCCUGUGUGCGUCUCGAAUGUCCAAACUGUGCUCAUCGACGAAUAUCAAGAUACCAACGGCAUCCAGUACGAGCUGAUGCGACUCUUUGCUCAAGCGAACAACCGGAUCACUAUCGUGGGCGACCCAGAUCAAAGUAUUUACGGCUGGCGUUCGGCCGAGAUCAGAAACCUCUAUCGCUUGCUGCGGGACUACCCGAACACGGAUGAGAUCUCCCUGGAGGAGAACUACCGAUCUUCGCAAUCAAUCCUCGACGUAUCCCUCAACGUCAUUCAACAAGACAAGAAACGAUACCAAAAAGUCCUUUUACCGGUUCAUACUAAGGGUGCACGACCAGUUCUGAGGACGCUGAAAAGUUCGGCUGCGGAAGGGGAGUGGAUCGUCUCCGAAGUCAAACGAGCGAUUAUGAUGUUUGGAGAGAUGUUGAAAAAUGAGGAUGUGGCAAUCCUUCUUCGGUCAGCAGCGCUCUCUCGGCAUAUUGAGUCUGCACUUGGUAAAGCUGGUGUUGCAUACCGAAUGAUAGGCGGCCACAAGUUCUACGAUCGAAAAGAGAUCAAAGUUCUUCUAGAUUAUCUGCGGGUUGUGUACCAACCCGACAACAACGAUGCCCUGGCACGUAUCAUCAAUGUGCCUCGUCGAGGCAUUGGAGAGGCGACCAUCAAGUCUUUGUUGGAGGAGGCCGAGAAAAGUAAAAUGAGUCUAUGGACACUCCUGUGGAAGCAUUGCAGAGGCACUCGCAAAGCAACCACCACUAUCCGGGCUAAGAUGGAACAGAAACUCAACACCGAGCUACUCAGAAUCAUAUCGAACCUUCGGAAACAAAAGGACCAAAUCACGCAAAGUAGCCCAUUCACCAUUGUCAAUCUGAUCGAGCAACUGGUCAGUCAGUUGAACUUCAAGAAAUACCUGGAGGAGGAGUAUUCAGAGGAGCAUGAGCAGAGGUGGGCAAAUGUCCAGGAACUUGUCAACUUGGCUGGUGACUUUGUGAGAGACUUUGGUACAUCGGAAGAGGAUGCCCUUCCCGAGAUUGAGAACCUCGAGCAGGUCAAAGAGGAUGACGUGUUAGGACGUUUCCUUGCAAAUGUGUCGCUGGCAUCCGACGCUCAAAAGGAUGAUGCGACCAAAGACAAGACGUCCCUGAUUACUAUAUCGACCAUCCAUGCCUCGAAAGGACUCGAGUGGCCCGUUGUUUUCGUACCUUCUGUUUACACUGGCUCAAUCCCCCACUCGAGAUCCGAAGACACUGAUGAAGAACGGCGUUUGCUUUACGUGGCAAUGACACGAGCCAAAGCGCUUCUCUACUUGAGCUGCCCGCUUUACGGAUCACAGGGGAUGAGCUCGAAAGUUGAACUCUCUCCUUUUGUUGCCCCAUUUGCUUCAUCUGCUUUUGCUAAGAAGGGGCCGUCCUUCGACAGAGCGGUUGUCGAAAGUGCAGCCAAGAUUUUGGGAAGGGUAGCACCGAGCGAGAGUGCAGUUUUUGGCAAACUGCCACCCAUGUUUUCUCCCGAGGAUGACGCCUUCCCGAUAGAACCAUUCGACUCUAAGAAACAAGAUGGAUUUGAGGGUGAUUCGGAACGAAACUACUCGCGCGGCCCGAAACGACAACGGACCUCAUACAACGAGUCCUCCCACGAGGAAUCGGAAGAAAAGCCGUGGCACCGGGAGUAUGCAACAACAAUGGAGCAGUCAUCUGGCUUUACUGUCGCCUCACUUCCUGGAUUUACAACGGCCGGCGCGCACAAAGUGGCCCUUGACGUGGCAACUGCCGAAGCAGCAGCAAAGGCACCACCCCCAAAGGCAGGAGUUAGGAGGGGAACCACAAAGCGUGGAAGCGACCAAAAGAGUUUGCUUGGGUUUGUGACCCAACGAUCCAAGUCGAACGAAGAGCCACGUGAACACAAGCAAGCGGUAGACUUUGCGCAAGCGAGAUACCAAGCUGCUCUGUCACGACAUCAAGGACCAACGUCGGUGUCGCGAAUCGAGCAACCGAAGCCACGGAUUGAGUCUGAAUUGGCGAACCACAAACUCACCGCUGCGAGACCUCUACAGAGGCCAACUGUGCCGAGAGCAGACGACGGGCCAAAGAAUCCCUACGCCUGCUUCUCGAGCUCUCCGCCGCGAGCCGCCCCAAAAGAUGAAGAAUCGAACGACGAGGAAGAACCAAAACCUGUUCCUGACCGGCCAGCGUCCAGCUUUCAUGCGACAACCUUCACAUCGGUGAAGCCUAGGCGGCCUGUGGGGUUGGGUCCUCCACCCUCGAUGGACCGGUUACGCAAGCCGUUUAAGCCUUUGACGAUUACGCGACCAAAAGGGCCGCCUGCCUGAUGCAAACGGAGCCACUUGGAAAACACGGGAAAUUUAGGCGUUGUGAGGGAUAGUGAUGAUGGUGGUGGUGUCUUGGAGUCAUGUACCAUAACUUUGUACCCUAACGCGUUAGCAUAAUGCGAGAGGGCCUUACGCUCAGGGUGUAUCAACAUCCAACAUAUCUAUAAAUAUUAAAUAAUCUCUACGAAAGGGAUCAAACAAACCCAACAUUCAAAUUCAUUCC